AUGGAAACGCAAUUUUUAGACGAGGAAACGCCGUCGCAGUCGCUUUCCACAGGGGAGUCCGCCGCCGCAGGUCCUUCCGCUGAUCCCAGCACCUUUGGGCUUACCGCUGCGCCAUCACUUCGACCGGGAGAGGAUACCGCCAGUAGCACUUCACCAGUCGAAGGUUCGCCUGAAUCCAUUACCGUGUCCUUACUGGCAAUGCCCUCAUCCUCAGACAGCGAGUCGGGUGCUCAAGGCGCCAUCAUCCUACAACCAGAAGGUUUCUCUGCUGUGCAAGCCGCAAGCAAAACGACUGUACUAUUCAAGUACAUAGUGGGCAAGCCGGGCACCAAGGGAGCCUAUAUGCUCUUGGGUAGCGAGAUUUCCAGUUUGCAGGUGCGCUGUCAGCUUCUGAAGCAGCCCAUGCUGGACUCAGAAGGCCUCGACUGUCUCAUGAAAAAUCUCGAACAGCUCCUCCAGAAUGCUCUUAAUCACGGGAAGGAGAACAUCAGCGGUUUGAAGCCCAGAUUGAUUGUGGAGAGACUUGCGUUUGCCUUGCUGGUGACGGAUGCGCUAUUUGCGGCCAGCGAAGUACUAGGACCAGCAGCGAGGCGCUCAGAAUGCCGAAUUGGUGCGUUUCCUUCGGAGGGCGUUCUUGUUCUCUACUAUUGCACUGCAGAGGCUUCACGAGCCGAAUUGCAGAGUCAGUUUUCUAGAAAGGACCUCGAAAUGAUGCUUGCUCGUCGCAAGGCAGCAGUCCUUAACAGCCUGCACUGCAAGCAAUACAGGACCUCGAAAUGA